UUCUAGAAAGCAGAAGAAAAGAUCUAGCAUAACUGCACUUAAAUAGGAAAAAACUACAAUAUUUUGAAAUUCUAGAAGUUAACAAUUAAUUCCGGAAUAAUAUUACAAAUCUUUGCGAUAACUGUUGCUUCCGCGUUUUAUCCCAUCCACAACACACACAUCUCUCCUCGCCAUGACCACCGAGGAGUUGAAUUUUAUUUGCGAAAAAUUGGUCAGCUUUCAGUAUCUGGACAAUCAAUUGGACUCGGCCAAGGAAUAUGCCCACUGGCUGCUCACGAACAUCGAGCUAUGCUGGCGCGGCGGCCUCAUACCAGGUCUGCUGGGCUAUCUGCGCGAGCCGGGCCCGCAGCGUUCGCCGCGCCAGUGCGUGAAGGCGUUGCGCGUGCUGCACGAGAUGACCACCCAUUGCACCAAGGUGGAUUUGAAGCGUCUGGUGCUGACCACCGACCUGCUGCUGCUCCUCCGCGACAUGCUGCAGCUGUCCCGUUUGCGUGGCACCAUUAAAUGCUGUUGCCUGGCGCUGAUGAGCAAUAUCCUGGUAUCCGGCUGGCGUUUGCGUGAUGCGGUCGUGGAGUCGGGCCUUCUAACGGAGCUCUUGCAGAUGCUGACGCAUCGACGACGCGGCCAACAGCCGUUGCAGCCGUGCGACAAGGGGCAAGUUCUGUGGCUGCUCUACCAAGUGCUGCGCUACAAGGUGCCCGGUCCCACAUUGACGGCCAUCCGAAAGAUUGCCCAGGUUCUGCCCGUCUUGCUGCACCACUCACAGGAUGUGGAGCUGCUGCUGCCCGCAUUGCAGCUGGCACGCUUAAUUUCCGAAUACCACUCGACCAUGGUCCCGGCCAUGGUCAAGUCGAAGCUGUUGAGCCGCGUGGUGCGCUUUGUGCUCAGCCCGCUGCCGGAGGUGCAGCGCGAGGCGAUAUUUGUGCUGGCCAAUGUGUGCCUGGAGUAUCGCCGGCGUCAGGCGCUCUUUCGCUUUCCCAAGAGCAUAUUGCUGCAUGUGCAUGGCCUGGUGCUGGGCGGCAGACCGGAUAUACGUGUCCUGGUGCUGCAGCUGCUUGGCGGCAUUAUAGACAACAGAUGCAUCAAGCUGGAGCACUUCGUGGAGCUGGGCCUGCUCAAGAAGAUUGUCCAGUGCGCCAGCAAGCAGGAGAAGGAUGCCGAGGUCCGUCUGGCCGCUGGCUGGACACUGGUCAGCCUCGCUCUGCACCUCUGCCGUUGCUACUUGGACUAUUUUAUUGAUUGCGGCGCUCUGCAUGCCAUAUGCGAUCUGCUGCGCCUGGAGUUGCCCGUCCAACUGUUGCGCAAUAUACUUGUGGUGCUCUUUCUGCUCGGCGAGAAGCACUGCCACAGCAAACAGUGCCUGCUGCAUGUCAUGUGGCAGUGCAACAUUUGGCCCAAGAUUCAGGCCCUGCAGGGCAGCAACAAUGCUGCCGUGAGAACUCUCUGCACACUUCUCACCUCGCGCCAUGCCAUGGAACUGAUUUGGCCCGAGGCGCGAGUCUAUCUGAGAAUGUAGCUUGGCACGGUUUCUCGUUUCGUCCAACAUGAUAAUCCUAUGUAAAAUGUAACGUUAUAUAUUUCCACUUACUGGGAGCAAAGAAAUUACUUUUUGCAUGCCUCGAAAAUGUGCAACAAAAAGGCUAUCAUAGAUUUGUGCAUGUGUAUGUUGCAGGUGAAAGGAGCUGCUUACUCUUACAGCAGAAUAUAUAUAUAAUACUCUUAA